AUGGAAACCCAGGUGUUGACGGCUUUAAAGUCGUUUAAUAAUGGUUCAUCGGGAGGCCUUGAUGGCCUGAGGCCUCAGCACAUAAAGGAUUUACUUUCCGGUCCGACGCCCACCGAUGAAUUGUUAAAUAACCUCACCCGGUUUGUAAAUUUGUUGUUAUCUGGGGUCUGCCCUCCCGCGGAACCGUCGGGCAUUGCGGCGCACGACGGUAAACGCCCUGACGGGUGUACCUUGAUCCCUUGGAGAGCCGGCAGUUGCUUGGCGUGGGACGUUACCGUUCCGGGCACCUUUGCUGAGCGCUACGUGCAGCUUACUAGCAAAGAAAGCGGUUUGGCUGCAACCAGGGCAUCUGACGAGAAGAUCAAAAAGUACGACGGAGCUCUCCCCUCGAUGGAGUUUUUACCGAUUUGUAUCGAGGUCCUCGGCCCCAUGGACCGUAACACCUCCUGGUUUUUCAAUCGAAUUUGUAAAAAUAUCAGUAUUAGGUCAGGCGAUAGUAGGAAAUAUUUUUUUACUAUGAAUAAUAUCUCGUGCAUCCUGCAGCGGUUUUUGCGCGUCUGUGUGUUGAAAAAUGUGGAGUUGAAUGCCGACGGGGUUGAGUGA